UUUCCUUUCCUUUUCUCUAUUGCUGUGUUUUUGAAAUUUUCAUUCAGUCUGCAGAGUCUUGCUACAUUACUACUUUGCACUUCAGAUUAGCCUAUUACUUCCUUUCCUGCUCCUUCCUAGUUAGGGCUUUUGUUAGUUCAUAAAUGAGCUGUAGCAUUGCACCAUUGCUUAUGGUGCUUCUUUUUCAGGGCAAACAUGAGAGCUUUCAUGGCCAUGAACUUUCAGCAGAUCAUGUUGGACUAAUGAUUAAUGCAGACUGGUAGAAUAUCUGGCUUACAGACUAAAGCAAGACUAGUUUUUUAUUCCUGCGCUAAACAAGAACAAAAUACAGAAAUACACAAGCGUUUCCUCUUAUUGACAAGACUUUUUCUGGAUGAAGAGAUGGCUUCUCUUUUUCAUCGGCCUAUCCACUUGACUGCAUGGCUUCUGGUUUUUAUUGCGAUCGUUAACUUAACUGAAACUGAGAAGCUGCUAGUGAUACCUCAAGAUGGAAGCCACUGGCUCAGCAUGAAUGCUGUUGUAAAGAAGCUCAGUGAAAAGGGUCAUGAGAUAACAGUGGUGGCACCAGAAAUUAAUUUGCUCUUAAAAGAAUCGAAGCAUUAUAAACAGAAAACAUACGCAGUGCCAUACAAAAAGGCAGAUCUUGAUGCUGGAUUUCGAAAGUUUGCUUCCAACCUUUUCCAUAAGGUUUCUUUUCCUUACACAAUUCUUCAAGAAUAUCAGAACAACAUGUAUAUAAUAAAUAUGUUUUUCUACAACUGUGACAGCCUUCUGAGGAACAGAGAACUCAUCAAGUACCUGGAAGAGACUCAGUUUGAUGCACUUUUCACAGAUCCAGCUUUGCCAUGUGGAGUCAUCCUCGCUGAACAUCUUUCCAUUCCUUCCGUGUACUUCUUUCGUGGAUUCCCAUGCAGUUUAGAGCAUGCAAUUUGUAAAUCUCCAAACCCUACUUCUUAUAUCCCAAGAUGCUAUACCAGGUACACAGACCAAAUGACUUUCACUCAACGUGUGAUUAAUCUGUUUGUCAAUUCUGUAGAAACAUCACUUUUUAAAACUCUGUAUAAUAAGUAUGAAGAUAUUGCUUCAGAAUUUCUACAAAGAGAUGUUCACUUGCCAACACUUUACAGAAAUGGCUCUGUCUGGCUUUUACGAUAUGACUUUGUAUUUGAGUAUCCCAGACCUGUGAUGCCAAAUAUGGUCUUCAUUGGAGGAAUUAACUGUGAAGAAGGCAAAAUCCUGCCACAGGAGCAUAUAGGAGCUUAAUGGAUCUCGUUGAGAUGUUUUUCAUUAAUUGCAAAAGCCUUCUGAGGAACAGAGAAGUCAUGAAGUACCUGGAAAAGACUCCGUUUGAUGCACUUUUCACAGAUCCAGCUUUGCCAU